GAGCAGCAAACUACAGGAGAUGAUGAUCCUACUGGAACAACAGAAAACUGAAGUGAGUGAAAAAGACAAACAGCUUGAAGAGAAGGAGAGACUUCUAAGUGAGAGAAACACACAGCUAAUGGAAAGAGACAAGCAGGUUGAGGAGAAAGACAGACUUCUAGAGGAGAGAAACAAGCAGCUGCAGGAGAGAACAGAUCCAGACUCAGCAGCUCCAACCAGGAGGAGAAACAGCAAAGAGAUUGAGCCUGAAAAAUUGAGUGUAGAGACUCCGGAAUCUGCAGUGCCACUCAGGAGAAGUGACAGUCUAAAGGGAGAGCAUCCAAAUAUGAGUGGAGAAUCCUCUAGUUCAGCCUCUCCAGAGUCAGUUUCUGUAUCAGAGCUCAGGCUGGUGCUGCUGGGGAGGACUGGAUGUGGGAAGAGAGCAGCAGGAAACACCAUCCUGGGCAGAGAGGAGAGGAGCCAGGCUGGAGCGUCUACAGUGAGGCAGCAGAGUGAGAGCAGACAGGGGGAGGUGGCUGGGAGGCAGGUGACUGUGGUGGACACUCCUGACUGGUUCUGUCCUGGACUCUCUCUGGAGGAGCUGAGACAGGACGUGGGACUCUGUGUCCGUCUGUCUGCCCCAGGACCUCACGCUUUCAUCCUAGUCAUACCAGUGAAGCAGUCUACAGGAGAGGAGAGAGGCAUGCUGGAGAAAAUGGAGGAGAUUUUUGGAGAGAGAUGUUGGAGGAACACCAUGAUCCUUUUCACUGUUACUGAUGAAGUCCAAGAGAAGAACAUUGAAGAGUUUAUCCAGUCAGGAAACCAGGAGGUCCAGAGACUUGUAGAGAAAUGUGGGAACAGGUUUCACUGUCUCAGCAUUAAGGAGAGUGGAGAUGGUUCUCAAAUCUCAGAGCUGCUGGAGAAGAUAGAGAAGAUGGUGGAAGGAAACAGAGAGAAAUUCUACAGCAGUGAGAUCUACCUGGAGACAGAAUCUCAGAUCAGAGCAAUGGAGACAAAGAUUAUGAAGGAAAGAGAAGCAAAGAGGCUAAAAAAAGAAAAAGAAUUGACAGAAAAACUAGAAAAGGAGGUGCAGUACUCUCUCAGAAAGACAGAAGGAGCAGUACAAGAGCAUGAAGGAGAGAUAAAACAACUGAAUGACCGAACAACUGAGCUAGAGAGAAGGAUGAAAGAAGAGAGGGAUGAAGAGAAAAAGAGAGAACUGGAACGAGAGCUAGAAAGGGAGCUAGCACAAAGAAUAGGAAUGGAGGAAAAAGUGAGAAAACUAAAAGAAAAGAGAGAGCGAGAGAGGAAAGAGAUGGAGGAGAGACACAGACAGGAGAUGGAGGAGAUCAGGGAGAUGUAUGAAGGAGAAGCCAGAAUGGAGGCAGAGAGGAGCCUCAUGAAGGUCAUCCUGCCUGAACUCCAGAGAAACAUCUUGGUCUCCAAGUCAAAGAUACAGGAAGAGUUCAGCAGACAGACGGAGGAGAAGGACAGAGAGCUGGAGACACUGAAACAAAGCCUCUCAGAGCUCAGAAAGACUCACUCACUUCUGGAGGAGGUUUAUGAGAGAACAAUGAAGAGCAGCUCAGACUCAGAGAGAGCAGCUCCAGCAGCAGAAGGAGGGUCUGAGGGAAUCUUUCAGAGGUUUAAGGAUUGGCUUCAUUGAUGAACAGAAAGCACAAAGACUCAAUUUGUCAUUCAGCAGUGGUGAUCAUGGAGAAAUUAAAUCUAAUAUGAAAAGACGUUUGCCAUUAUUUAGAGUGCAGAAGUGGCUUGUCAUAAAAGACCAAUCGGGCUUUUACUUUUGUGAAUGCAUUUUUUAGACGGAUUUUGCCAUAGAC